AAGAUCAUUUAUACCAUACUGUACUGCUCUAUCAUGAGACAAAAAGCAAACUAAAGGAGACGGUCUUUGCUUUGCUGGUGCACGCCUCUGCCUCCUAUUCUUUCCCUGCCUCUUAUUUACCCUCUCAGUCGAGGUGGCUGUCAUUCGUCAACAAAGUUUAUAGUUUUAGGUACUAAAUUCCUUUGUCUUUAAAGGCAAAUAAAUGGCGGCCAAGCCGUCUGCUCUUCCUCCUCCACCACCACAGUUUGGGCGGUUAGAGAGAGCCUCUGUUUCCCUUUCUUCAGCUGAUCACUCUUCUGGCUCUAACCAUCAGUUGCCCACGAGUAGUUCUUCAUAUUCUAGUCCCCCACCUAAUGGCUCCAGUGCUGCCAAAGAGACUCUUCUGCAAGUACAGAGAGAGUCCUCUAAUGGCGUUACUCUGAGGAAACCCAAAGCUAAUCAACGAGAUAAGACUUUAAGACAGAAAGGGAUACUACUCUCGUCGCACUCGGGCCCUCGCUCUCUCUCUCCUCCUCCUCCUCCUAACGUCCAUCCUCCCUUAAACACGGAGUGUUAUCAUCCUCUCCCUCCUCCUCCCCUUCUUCCUUCUCCUACUCACUCCUCUACCAAUCCCACGGCUAGUUCAAGACCCAGUAACCACUCUCCCACUCUGACCUCACGGACCACAGGUGACGACGGAGUCCUUAAUGUCUUCCAAGUCAUGCAGCUAUCAGCCGCUGCCUCACUACCUGAAGCAGUAGGGUCACCUGACAGUGGCUACGACGACUUGGCGACAGCUGCUUUAGUUUGCAAUAGAUCGGAUAGCAUAGGUUCCACCUCUUCCUCCUCUUCUCGUAGAACAGGUCCUAACAGCGGAGUACCCAGUAGCUUGUUUAGCGUCCGAGACUCAGAACUAGAGCUAGUCAAGGAGGAGGAUGGAUCAGAUGAAGACGACGAAGAAACCAAGAGAAAAGAGAGAGGGACCAGUAACACUAGCAGCGAGCAGUCUGAUACACUUCCCUCUCCUUCCUUCCCUCGUCUUUCAUUAGAAGAAUCGAAUAAUUUUUAUGCUCCGGAUGACGAAACUGUUAUUCAAACUGUACAGAGACCCGGUAUUAAGAGAAGCUAUUCUACAGAUAUGAAGAGAAUGGCCAGUACAGUGAGGCCUGGCGGUAGGGCCGAGUCUUACAGUUCCAAUGCUAAUAAUAGAGUCGUAGUGAAUAAACCAGCUGGAGCUGAGAGAGGAAGAUCUCAGAGCCUGUUCACUAGAGAGGGUAGCAGUAUUAGUGGCAGCAGUGGUAGUAGUAAUGGAUUCUUUGAGUCUAUGAAGGACACCUUCCAGCUACAGGAUGAGCUGAGCAAAGAGAACUAUCACUUUGUACUUAGUGAGGCACUCAUUUCUGUUAUAGAGGAAUACAAGUCCUUAUUACGUGAGCAGGCUUAUGACGAACAUUUGGCACUUGUUGCUUCUCCUGAUCGCGAUUCUGUUGACCUCGCGUCUGCUCCAUCAACUCCGUCUCAUCCUAAUCCUCCUCCCUCUCCAUUUCCGUACAGAACCACCUCCUUCCCGUACCUGUCUCGGACAGACACGCCCACAAGUCCAACAGUGCCCUCUUCACCCACUCCUCCUUCUCCCGUUCCGUCACGUGACGUCAGUUUAUUGCGACUGGUCGACUCUCAGAUGAUGACUAACACUGCAGAGAGCACCGCCCACGGACUGUUACAGUAUAUAUCAAGAGUGUUGGGUGGGGCCUCGUCUGUCGAAUUUAGAGUACCAGAACAGAUUGUGCAACUCCCAUCUGAUUUUAUUGCAUCAAUAAAGAGAGAAGAGCAGUUGCAUCAUUCAGUUGCUAAUUCUACUACCAUAAGAGGUGAAAUGGAUUGGGCUCCACCAAGAAAGACCAUCAUUCAUACUAUGUACUCACCACCAAAGGAUGUGUCAAUUGCAUUGAAAGACCAGAAUUAUCGCUGUGCUGGCUGUGGAGUCAAAAUUGACAUCAGUCAUACUAAGCUAUUAAGGUUCUGUUAUUACAUUGGCAAAUAUUUCUGCACGACUUGUCAUCAGAACUCACUCAGUUACAUACCGGCUUACAUCAUGUCAAAAUGGAACUUUAAAAAGUAUCCCGUGUCAAAUUUUGCACGUGAUACGCUCGCAGAGUUUGAGAAAGAGCCGCACUUUAAUCUUGACAUUUCCCGGUUGUAUUAUAGAAUAUACGAAUUGAAGAAAGUUAAAGAUUUAAGAGAACAAAUAUCAUUCAUGAGAAGAUACAUAUUCUCUUGCAGAGAGACAGCAAAUCUGUGCGAGAGAUUCACUCAGUUUGGUCACCUUGUCGGCAGCGAUGUUCACAUCUACUCUAUGGAAGACUUUGUUAACGUCAAAAGUGGUCAGUUGUCAAAGCAGUUGAAGUUUUUAGCAACAGAAACUGAGAAGCACAUAAAGUCUUGUCCACUUUGUAAGGGUAAAGGGUUUGUUUGUGAGUACUGUCAAAAUGAGGAAGACAUUCUUUAUCCUUUUGAAUUGAAGAGAGUCAGCUCGUGUCCAGCUUGCAGCUGUUGUUUUCAUAAAGACUGUUGCUCCCAGAGCAGAGAGUGCCCGAGGUGUAAGAGAAUAAGAGAAAGGCAACAAUCAAGAUUGAAAACAAUGAUGAUAGCAGAUCGUGAUGAUUGAGUUUUUAAUUCUGUACACUUUGUUAAUAAUACAUUAUUAUAUCAGGCACACGGUGUACAUGUAACCCAAUAUUAAUUAUUAUUAUUAUUAUUAUUGUUAUUAUUAUUAUUAUUACUAUUGCUAUUUAAAGCACUCUAUUCAAAA